AUGGCCGUGGUCUCACCGCGAAUGGCUCUGGGUGACCCGUCACAGGUGUGCGUCACGGCCGGUGGCGCGCGGGGCCGGGUUUUCGUGGUGACCCGUCAGAGACCGGGACUCUACCGAUACCCUGACCGGUCAGGGUGUCGUCCCACCUCUUCACCCUCAACCACCCCUCUCAACCUGCUCCAGGGAUUCAUCUCACUGCCUCCCCCUGCUGCUGCCUCGGUUGCCAUGGUUACCAGUGUCAGCGUCACCCCGGACGAUGCACAGAGAAGAGCUGAGAGCCGGCUGCUGCAAGUACGAGCUGCUUCCAGGAGCUGCAGGAGAGAGGCAGCCAUGGCCAGCUGCAAGCGAGCUGCCAGAGCUCCCAGCUGUCACAUUUGGCCCACUCAUAUCGGGCAGCGAUCCAGGAACAGAAGUGAUUGGGUUUUCCUCACACGUUUCUGCUUUCUCACUGACUUUGGGAGGCUGGAUUUCCGGUUUCGCUAUCCAAAGUCUCGCUGCUGUCAGAACAUACUGCUCUACUUUGAUGACAGCUCUCAGUGGCCAGCUGUGUACAAGAGGCCUGAAAAGAACUGCUACCAGAAGGAAGCUGUGCUGAGGCCGGAAAACAACCAAGUCAUCAAUCUCACCACACGCUACACCUGGUCAGGAUGUGUGGUGGAGGGCGAUGGCAACGAGGAGGUUCUGAGCUGUGUGGGUGGCCGCAGCUUUCGCUCGGUGAGAGAGAGAUGGUGGUACAUCGCUCUCAGCAAGUGUGGGGGCGAAGGCUUACAUCUGGAGUACGAGAUGAAGCUGACCAAUGGCCAGUCGUUCUGGACGCAGCAUUUCUCUGCAGAUGAGUUCGGAAUCCUGGAGACAGACAUCACGUUCCUGGUCAUCUUCUCCCUGGUUUUCCUCCUCUCCUGCUACUUUGCCUUGCUCAGCCUGUUGUUCCAUUGUGUCUACUGGGGCCUGUAUGCCAGAGAUGGAGUUGGCAACGGCAGCCUGAAAAUACUCGGGAAAUUACUGUUCUCCGUCAGUUUCUUGGUGUUCCUUCUGAUGCUCAUAUUGUUGGGCAAAGGUUUCACUGUCACCAGGGCAAGGAUCAGUCACAGUGGGUCUGUUAAACUGAGCAUCUACAUGACAGUCUACACAAUCACCUACGUCAUCCUGUUCAUCUACGAGGCCGAGUUCUUUGACCCGGGUGAGGUGCUGUACGCGUACGACAGCCCUGCUGGCUACGGUCUGAUGGCCCUGCAGCUGGUGGCCUACGUGUGGUUCUGCUAUGCCGUGCUGGUCUCCCUGAAGCAUUACCCGGAGAAGCAGCCCUUCUACGUCCCUUUCUUCACCACGUACACCCUAUGGUUUUUUGCAGUGCCCGUCAUGGCUCUGAUUGCCAACUUUGGAAUUCCGCGUUGGGCUCGAGAGAAGAUUGUGAACGGCAUUCAGCUCGGCAUCCACCUCUACGCUCACAUCGUCUUCCUUAUUAUUACAAGACCUUCAGCAGCCAACAAGAACUUCCCAUAUCAUGUUCGGACAUCCCAGAUUGGCAUUCUUCUGUCCAGCCCCAAAGGAGGUGAAGGGGGGGAGAGUUUUCCCCAUCAUGCAUAUGGGAACAGUUCCUUCCUAGGAGACUCACAACCAAACUUCACUGAACUCUUCUCCAUCCAAUCGGAUCCCGUAAAGACGGUGGAGGAGGCCGUGGCUCGUAAAGGUCCAGAUGUUCCGAGGAACAGCGAGGAAAAGAUCAUCACCACCGCAGCUGACUUGACCUCGAUGCUGCCGCCGCCUCCACCUCCAAUACCCCCGCGCCCAGCCUCACGCUCCCCCCCACUGCCACCCCGACUCCCCUCCUUCACAGAGUAUUUCAGCAUGCAGAGUGGCGGUGGAGGAGGCUUUGGAACAAAGGCAUGAAAUGCAGAGAAAGAAAGAAGACAUUGGGAAAAUGGUGCAGGUGCAACCAUAGAAAAUAACACAAUUGAUGGAAUUCAAGAUGUUACCGUUUAAAGAAAACCUUCAGACAAAAACAACAUAAAAACAAAAACAUACAAACAGCAAAACACAACAAAAGAAAGGAAGGGGAAAAAAAUGAAAAGCUAAUCCCUGAAUGGUGGCUUAUCACCUGUGAGUGGAAGGGACCAGAAUGGGGAAGUGAACGGAAAUGGCUGAGACACGAGCGCUGAGCUUGUAAAAGAAUAAAGAAGCAAUAAAUAUUUGAUGCUGACCAGUAGAAGGAUCAUGGGGGAAAAAAUGACAAAAUGGAUGUAGCCAGAGCAAUAGAAUGAUAGCUGUGCACAAUGCGGAUAUGAACAAAAUUCUUGAAAUACCUUCUGUCAAAAUUUCAUGAGGCAUUGAAGUUGUGCCUGGGAGAGUUUGUAAAUAGCUAAAACGGUCGAGAGCUACCAUUCUAUACAGUUUUGUUAUUUUGAAUAAGGUUUUAAUUUCCUGUUUUUUCCCCCACAUCAUUACAUUCCAGUUGGUGCUGUGACCUUAGAAAUAUCUCAUGCCAUCACAUUUUGAUAAAGCGUCGAUCCUGUAUAUUUACUCUAAUCGGAGUCCAUUGGGUUGAUUUAUACUCUUAUAUGCCUUCUGGAUCGAUAUGCCGAUGUGUAAUUUUAUGUCACAUUUACUGUUGGCACUUCAAAGUACAGUACUUGUAAAAUGUGCAUGUUUGUAUGGUAUUUCCCACCAGAACGCUGAUAUGUACUCCAUGUGACCCCUUAAUAUUCGCUUGACAUACAUACAAUAGGCUUCAGAACUUUUAUGAGCAGAAAAAAAUCUGUUGUUAUUCCACUGAAAACCAUCGCGCAGCGUCUGGAACACGGUAUGAAAGCAUUGUUAUAUUGCAUCGGUUUUAGUUUAAUUUUCACUGGAGGGCAGGAAACGCCUGCUCAAAACUGUCAUAUCAGCAUAUGUAGACAUUGGUGAAUGUACUGAUGCAACACAGCACAAGGAUAGGGGUGAUUUCCAAGUUGCUUUAAUACUGCAGUGUAUCUUUUUUUCUUUUUUUUUUGCUCUUUGCAUUCCAUCCUCAACACACCUACGAUUUUCCAGCAGGAAGAAACCUCUUUGCUUCUCCUUAAUUCAUACUGGUAGCUUCAUCCUCACCCCUAUCUGGCUUUUAAAAGGUGAAUAUUUAAUUUGAUGGCUUUUUGCACCACUUUAUAUAGUGCAAAGAGACGUACAAAUGGUUGUAGUUUUGUAUCUCCUAAUAUUGAGCUUUAAAGAAAACACUCAAAAAGAAAAAAAAAGUCUUGUAGAUGAACUGUGAAAACGGCAACACAACUGUACAUUUUGUCUGUCCUGCAUGGAGCACUUUAAUGUUCCUGGUCUUAGUCUGUUUAUUCGUGAUGAUGUCACCUUGUAAGACUGCUUUGAAACUUGUAUUCACACCUCAUGGGGUCGUACUUCUGAUGCGUUCACCUGUAAAUAUAGACCGACGAUGUCUUCAGUUUUUUUUUUUUUACAUUUUGGGGAGCAGUUCACGCUUAGCGCAAAAACUGAAGAAAAAAUAAGUGAGUACACUGACAAAUUCAGUGGUUUUAUCUUGAUCUAGACAAGCUGUGGCUCUCGGCUAAUAGUCCACAGUCUUAUCAGUGGCAAUCUUGCUGUCAUGGAGUACUGAUGUUAGAUGCUGUUAGGCCAGUGGUGUGUUACGUGUAAGAGUGUAGUCAGAGGUGUAACGUAGUCUGUGAAAGCGAAUGAUACUUGAAUUAGAGUACUAACUGUUAUUUCUGAUUAAUGUGUCUGGUUUGUAUUCGGCGCGUCUGCCAUUUUGUCUGCUGUUGCCAUGACUUGACUCGACAGGCUUACAGACAUCGCACCACAGCUUCGGCCUGUGUGUUCUUUCGUUCCAUCACAAAAAUGACGGAGACUUGGAGGGAGAACUUGAAGACAGGAGAUUAUGUAUGCAUGACAGAAAACAGCACAGCUUUUAGGUUACUCAGAGCACAUCACUGAAGCACCGUUCAAAUGCAUUUUAAUGGUGUCAAAUAAGAAUUCUAAAUACGCUGUAUAUAUUCACUUUUUGCCAAAAUAAAAAAAAAACUGUUUUAUUAAA